GUGUUAUCGGCGUGCAGAGGGCAGACGGGCACUGCCAGCACAGCAGCAGUCCUGCAAGCACAGCAGCAGCGAUGCCAAUUGAAAUCAAAAAAGUGGUUAUUGGGGCCACCGCUGGAGUAGGAGUGGCACUCUUUGGUGUCCCAGCAGUCGUCUCUGUGCUGGGGUUUAAGGCGGGCGGCAUCGCUGCGGGGUCCAUAGCUGCCAAGAUGAUGUCGGCGGCUGCCAUAGCCAACAACGGAGGAGUGGCUGCAGGCAGCACUGUGGCCGUGCUGCAGUCGGUCGGAGCUGCAGGACUCUCUGCUGGUGCCAAAAUUGGGCUGUCAUCAGCCCUGGGGACACUCGGUGGAAUAGUUGGAGCCAGGAAACCCUAAGGGAGCACAGCUCCAGGUGGCAAACCCAAGGAAUGCCAGGAGGCAGCGGACGGCGCAAGGAAGAGCCCUGCCAGCCCAGCAGCUCCUCAGCAGCCACACAGGGAGCUGCCGACCUGCUUGAGCACUGAGCACAUUGAAAAUAAUAAAAAUGGCUUUGCAGGUGA